ACCACCGUUCAUAGGUGAAGAGAGAGAGAGACGACUGUUUGGUGAAGCACCACAGACAGCUUCCUCUGCCACCAUUUGGACGCAUCAAUGGCCGAUUCAAUCCAUAAUCUCCAAGAAUGGAACCAGAAUUCCAACACAGCCAUGCUGUCUCUGUUGCUUCGCCCUCCAAUUCCCACUCAUUCGAGGCUCAAUCAUCGUCUUCUUCACAGCUCCAUCAAGAAGAAGAAGAAGAAGAAGAGCGAAUUCAACCCCAAGAUGAGGACCAAUUACACAACCACCACCACCGCCAAGGCCAGAUCCGUCAGUCACCGAGUGUAUCUUAUCGACUAAGCAUUUCGAUUACUAAUUUGGUGCCAAUGGACAUCAGAGACGACUUGUGGUCUUGUCUCCUUGUGCUUGUCACAUUUUGCUUCUUCGUUUCCAUGACUGUGAUAUUUGGCUUUUUUGGAUCUGAGAAUGUAUGGUUGGGCCCCAAUUGUUCGCGCCUAAUACAAGUUAACCCAUACUUCGUGCAGUCGAUUAAGGUAAAGGAGAUAGAUGAGUCGAAACAUGGGGCAAUGCUAUUCGCAUUUUAUGAACCUCCUCCUCUCGAUGUCGAAGUCACCUGGUCCGAAAUGCAUAAAACAGUUAUACAGUCCAGCUUUCACAAGGAGUGGCAAUACUUUCUUAACAAAGGAUCUAAAGUUGAUAUUUCAUAUAGUGUGAAAUCCCCGAAUUCUGCACCCUUGUCCCUUGUGAUAGCCGAAGGUAGAGAAAAUCUUGUUGGGUGGAUAGAGGAUCCAUCAUAUCCUAAUACAACCUUGUCUUGGAAUAUUAUUCAUGGAACUGGUAUAAUCCACCAGGAAAUUUCAUGGCCUAAAACAUAUUAUAUUGCAGUAGGUAACUUGAACUCCGAGGAAGUGGAGGUUCAAUUGAAUUUCACAAUAAAGGGGUUACAUUAUAAUACAACCCAGUCAUACUACAGCUGCUCCCCGAGUCACCAGUCAUGUAGUUUGAAGCUUUUUAUUCUGAAAUCAAAUGUAGCCGUUGUAACUUCCCCUGGUCCAGAACAGGGUGCACCAUAUGCUGACGGGUUUAUCAAACUGUCUUAUGUACCACGAUGGUUUACAUAUCUUGUUGGAUCAGGUUCAAUGACUCUACUCAUCUUAUUGGCCUUCAGAAUCUGUAACGUGUUCCAAAUUAUUAGCAGUGACAGAAGAGCAUUUCAAGCAGGGGAGAUGGGAUUUGAAAGAGCUCCUUUGCUUUCAUACAAAGAUGACGAUCUCUCGAGUUGGGGUUCAUCUUAUGAUUCUCUCUCACAUGAUGAGGAUCAACUAGAUGAGUGGCUUUCAGUGGAUGCAAAGCUACUAAAAGACGGGGGAAGCAAUAGCAGUUCGCGCUGUCUUUGCAUUUCAUGUUUCGAUGCUCCAAGGGACUGCUUUUUUCUUCCAUGUGGACACUGUGCUGCCUGUUUUACAUGUGGCACAAGGAUUGUGGAAGAGACCGGUACAUGUCCCGUUUGUUGCAGGGCAAUGAAGAAGGUGAGAAAGAUAUUUACGGUUUGAGCAGCACAUGUGAAUUCUGUUUGUGCUAGCAUUCCGGAAAUUUUACCAUGGAUGCAAAGGAUUUGUGCUCACUGUCGCCCAUCAAAUUCAUAGAGCUGGCUUAGCAAAAUCCUAGGCAACUAUUUUUCUUUCCCUUCGCCAAGUUGGUCUACCAGCACGUGUGAUGAUUGUACGCUGGUCGUCCAAAUGUGUGCGUAAACUGAUGUAGGUUCUACUUGGAGCUAAAUUGUUCACGAGCCACAGUUUGUAGUCUUUGAUUAUUGAUUUUGUAAAUACCAGUGAGCUUUUCUCAUAACUAUUAAUUCCCAACAUUGCUUUCCAGUUGGACAAAAACAGAUUUGACUUUGUUGAAAAAUAUGAAAGCACUGAUGCAUUGUGAUA